ACCGAGGACCCCUUUCAUUUGUCAACGUCGAAUAUUGAACAAAGCGCCCUUCUUCGCGGCCCUUACGCCCAUGUUCAACAAUGACCAGGCUAGGGAUUGACACUGCUGCCGUUGUUGCCUCGCGGCGGGCAGCUGUCAAACAGGACCGCAUGAGUAUCGCGACAAGGACCGUUCCCCACGAACACUCUCCAUCAAGUCAUGCACAAACGAUAGAUGGCCCCAUGUCAGACGUAGAAAACUUCACGAAUUCUCCAGUUACUGGAUUUUCACAUGGAUUGCAAAGAUUCACUUCGAAUACAUCUGAACGGCCCUUGAGUCGUGUAGCUGAAGAAGGCGGAGAGAGGGAAUUGGAGAACAGAGAAGCUGAUGAGAUAAGUUUGGGCUCGGACUCGGAGCUAGAGGAGGAACUGGAAGAGGAAGGGCUAUAUGCAGGCUCAUACAGCCGAUUGGUGGCAUUAUACUCUCUUGCGCCAAUAACGUUCUUGAUUCUUUUUGUCGUAUUCGCUCUCGUCCCCUCUCUAGUACAGCACGACGACUGGAAAGGAAAAUACCCUUACACACCGUAUCUCCCAUUCCCCAUCGCAGAACUCCUCGUUUCAGGUGGCGCGUGGUCUAUCAGCUACACCGUCAAUGACUUCAUUUUCAGAAUCUCCGUUUGGAUAUGCAACUCCAUCCAUACCUUCCUUUUCUACUGCACAAACCCACCUCAACACAUCCUACCCCCGCUAUCAGUAACACCGCCGAUUCUCGUUUCGGGGUUAGCAUACGCCACCUUGUCCAUCUUUCUCCGAUUAUCUACUAUUCCGAUUCUCCUCAUCCCACAAGGCAGUCUUGCGUCCAGUCCAACAUGGCAUGAACCCGUGUUUGGGCGCGUGUGGUGGGCCGGGUUGGGAUGGGCUGUUUUCGAAGCUCUAGCAGGUAUUAAACAGGGGUAUCAGGGCAUUUCGUUAUACCGGGAUGUCUUAAUUGAUAUCUCCAAGUUGAAGAAAGAACUGGAAGGGAGCUCCCUGAGGAACGGACCCGGUAUUCGCGGUAACGAUGGGUCGAAUACGGAUUUUACCAAUGGGGGGGCUGAAAACAGCGAUACGGCGAACCAUACUAGUAGGAGCAGCUCGCUCAGUACUCCGAUGGCCUCUCCCACUUUCGUUCGAGAGUCUCAGAACCACCAGGAAAGUAGUGGUCAAGCUCCCAGUGCUCGAGAUUGUUUACCACGAGUAACUAGUAAUCCCGAACGUCAGCCAUUGCUCUCGGGUACUGUGCCGUCUCGUUCAAGAGAAUCAAUAGGAAACCCAUAUCUUGGCUCAACGCCCUUUGCGGAGUCUAUGGAAACCGAGGUUGAAAGGGACUUGGAUCAGCUCAUUGCCAUCAAAAAAAGGGACGACUUGGAGCGAGUUUAUGGAAUUCCGUUUAUUGUAAGAGAAUCCCCGCGUUCAUAUCGUGCCUUCAACGCGUCAACUCCCUUCUUCUCUCCAUGGGUUACACGCUAGUCCUCUCCGCCGUGUACAUUCUAAGCGUUUCCAACGGCCGUGUUCGUGGACCGCUUUCUCCAUAUCCAUCUCCACCUUCAUCUCCGUGGUUCCCUUCCUUCUCAUUAUCUGCCUCAUCAGUACCCUCUUCGUCUUCGAUUCCAUCCGUCGAUUACCUGAAAUUUGUAGUCCCCGUUCUCAUCAUCCUUCAAUUCCUCAUUUAUGUCCUUCACUCCGAAGUGGCUCUACCGAGGUUGGGAGUACACACGGUGGUGUACGUUGGACUUCUGGUCUCGUUGGGCUUGUUCUUUGUAGGGCUGGGAUUGUGGGAUGCCGUUUCAUAAUUAUCUCGUGCUCAAUCUUUCUCACUUCGCCGCUUAUGUUGCUUUUUCUCUGCAUAUGAACAAUUGAUAUAGACAGUUCUAAACGUACACGGGAACGCAAUUGUAUAUAAGUCGGAAGACAUGAUACCCAAAGAAUAUGUGCAACAGUUUCUUAUCUAAUUAUAGUCGACCUUCGCUGUAGCUUGGCCGGAUUUCAGGUCUUUCCAUGAGUACCGCGGCC